AUGUUCUCGUCGUUCUCGUCCAAGUUCCUCUAUCCGGCAGAUAGGCCCAUGUGGUCGACGGUCGACGGCACACCGCGCGACGAUCCAGAGCUCAUUCCGCUGACAGACUCGUCAUGGACGUGGGACGAUGAGUGGCACGUGCACAUUGCAGAGGGCGUGACUGAUGACGAGGGCUGGGAGUAUGCGUUCAACUUUAUGCUCUCGACAUGGAUGCCCGAGUGCAAGCGCAAGGCGCAUGUGAGGCGGCAAAAGUGGCUCCGCACACGGGUCAAGCUGAGCGCGUCGCAGCUGGAGGAGAGAAAAGCGAUGCGGGCUUCGGCCAUGAAGCGCCGCAGCCAUCAGAUUUCCGGUGUGGCGGAUGCGGCCAAGCUGCAGCUCGGCACGGGUGUGCUGGCGGCGGCGGCCAAGGCAUCGGCGUCGUCGCGAACCGCCGCGCCGCUCACGCGCGGGGCGGGGUACUCGGUCGAAGACGACCUUAACGCGUUGUCACAGAUGGUAGGCAAGGCUGAAGUAGCCAAGGCUGAGCUCGCCGACCUUGUCGCGGCGCAGCAGGAGCAAAUCGCCGCUCUCGAGCGCAGGCUCGACGAGGAGGCCGCCGUCGCUGAGGCGCUGCAGCUCGAGGUCAAGAAGCGCGACAAGGUGAUCAUGCAGCAGACCGGCGCGCUGCUCAAGCUCAAGAAAAAGGUCAAGAAGCUCGAGCACGAGGCCAAGAUUGCCACCAAGCAGAACGAGGAGAUGCUGACUGUCAUGGCUUCCGGGCGCGGCACGUCGCCGGGCGCCCCGUCGGUCACCUCGGUCACCGCCGCUGUCCCGCGCGCCGUUAACGUUGUUGUGGACGGCAAGAAGCACGUCGAGUACGUCAUCGAGCUCUCCACUGGCCGCACCUUUCAGCGGCGCUACUCGCAGUUUCUCGCCCUCCACGAGUCGCUCCGCCGUACCACCAUCGGCUCCAUUCUUCCGCCCUUUCCGCCCAAGGUUGUCUUUGGCACCGUCAAUGUUGAGCAGCGGCGCAUCGACCUCGACGCCUAUAUCCGGGCUGUCUCAAGCCACGGCCACCCCGAGGCCGAUGCCUGUCUCGCGUUUUUCCUCAACAUUCCGGUCUUGUGA